AUGGGGGUCUUGGAGCCUGACAUCAACGUUGAGAUCUUAGCAGACUACGAAGAUGAGCUUCUGGACCGCAGAGCAAUCGAGAUCGCAGAGUUGUCGGCGCAUCCGCAGAAACGACAAUGCUUAAAAGACCUGCGAAUCUCGAAUUUGACGCAUCCCAAGUCAUUGUACACUGGCUGGAUACCGCCUUUACCGGUGAUUUCUGAGCGACAAGUCAUGCGCCAGUUCGAGGACGAUACUGCCCCAGAGAUUGCUGGCCAAACUACGGAUGCGGUACCCGGAGACGAUUUCACUUCUUUCGAUCUCCAUGGAUUUAGCAUUUACUCGUGCAACACUGUAAGGCAUAAACGCGAAUUUGUUCCGCUUCAUAGUAUUGCGUCAAGAAAGAAAGACAGCGUAUACUACUUUGAUGGCAUACUCAGCAAUGGUAGCAGAAAGUUCUACGUCCAGAGAGCUCCAUUCGAUAAAUUGUCCAUAGGCAACUACCUUGACAAAGAUUUGCACUCUGUUGAUGGAGAGAUCUGGAUCCAAUCGCUCCACAACCACAAGAGUGACCGGUGGUAUAGGUUGCUCGACCCUGCACCGGAGUAUGCACGAUAUCAGGAAGCUUUCAUCUGGAUGGCAAAUUUCGCCAAGUAUUUUGUCGAUUAUCUCCACACUUACGAAAAUGUUUGUUUGCAUGAGUUUCGCAAACAUUUUUCCAACUGGAUAGAAUUAUUGCAUGGACGUGAUGAAAUCUUUCAAAAGUGGAGGCAACAGUUCCCUCGAACCGAUUUUUGUUCUGUUGUAGCUGGAUAUCCGGAUUUCCUAUGGGCAGAGUCCUAUCAGAUAGACCCUGCCUAUGCCAAGCAUACUAUCUGGGGAGAGGUUAAUUAUCGUGAUUUAUACAUCAUUCCGGCACAGCCUUGCAGGGAACGUCGCACAAUCGUCACGCCUUUUGUGUUUGAAUGCUUCAAAAACGUUGAAUGGGGGAGGCUCCUAAAACCUGUUGAAAUUCCAGGUAAACAGGAAACGUCGCAAGGUCCGACUACGCGCCCUUUCAGUUCGAUAGAGCAACUUUGGAAAUCCGGGUCCUUUCGGAUACCAAAGCGCAUUCGGGCGGGGGAUGUGAUUGGAAUUUCCAGAGAUGCCGAAACACAAUGGAAAGACAAGAAUGAAAUUUGGUUCGUCUAUGUCCAAGGCAUCGAGACAACCAAAGCUGGAAGGGAAUACAUCAUUGGCAUCUGGCUCUACACGCCUUCGGAGACCCCAUGCGCAGCAAUGAACUAUCCUUUCGGAAAUGAGCUCUUCAUGUCCGAUCAUUGCAAUUGCGGUGACGCAAAGAUCUGGGUUGAGGACGUUGCCUGUAUAGUUUCAGUUGAUUUCUUUCAAAAUCCGCUGACUUCUAAUGCUGGAUUCGCCGUACGACAAAAGUAUUGCCACGCCGACGCCUUCUUUGUAACGCUAAAGAAAUCCGACUUUUCAUGCACCCACCGCUCCAAGAUCGGAUUCAAGUCUGAUUUAGAGAAUCUCAUGGAGCGUUUCAAGGUUGGUGAUACAGUGCUUGUAGAGCAGGUGAACUCUCGUGGAACAGAGACAUUGGAGCCAGUGGUCAUUGAAAAAUUCACGCAGGAAAAUGCAAAAGAGCUUGUCUUGUGUAGGCAGCUUCUGAGAAGAAAUAAUAUUGGCAGUGGCGCAGCUGCUCCUCCAAAUGAGUUAGUUUACAGUGAAAACUUUCUGAUGGUCCCAGCACAAUGCAUCGACCGAAAAUGUCAUAUUCGAUUCUACUCAGAAGAGGAUCGUCAAAUGGGUAUGAUUCCUUGUCCCUAUGGUAGAAAUGGAACAGGCGACGCUUUCUUCAUUUCUACAAUACUGUUGGAAGACCAUGGGCAACAGAAGCUCGUUCCGUUACAGGAAAUGCCAGGAACGGUCAUUGAAGGAUUCGACCCGAAAGUUUCGGCUCAGCAACCCCAGCUCCGUGGUCUCGACCUCUUCUGCGGCGGUGGAAACUUUGGCCGGGGCCUCGAGGAAGGGGGAGCAAUGAAAGUGAAAUGGGCGGUGGACUAUUCUGAAAAGGCCAUAUACACAUACCGCGCCAAUCUGGAGGACCUGGAUGUAACCCAUCUCUUCUAUGGUUCCGUCAACGAUUUUCUCAUGCGAAGCAUCCAGGGGUUAAAUGCCGAGGAUAUUCCACUACCAGGCGACGUUGACUUCAUUUCUGCGGGAAGUCCGUGCCAAGGAUUCUCCAACGCAAACCUUCAAAGGGAUAAAAUAGAAGCCCUCCAAAAUUGUUCUCUCGUGGCAUCUGUCGCAGCCUUUGUGGAUUACUAUCGGCCCAAGUACGCCGUACUUGAAAAUGUCUUGGGCAUGGCAAGAAAAGGGCCGUCGAAGCAAGCAAAAGCCACCGGCGUGGAUGGAAACAUUUUCUCGCAAUUGUUGUGCACGUUUGUCGGCCUUGGCUACCAAGUGCAAUAUUAUCCCAUUGACGCUUGGAGCUACGGCAGUCCGCAGAGCAGAUCCCGUCUUUUCGUGUCCAUCACGGCCCCUGGAUUACCACUGCCUCCUCAUCCGUCUCUUUCACAUUCACACCCGGCCACUAUUAGAGAUAGAAGCAUCGGCAUGGCAGUGAAUAACUUGGACUUUGGCGCGCGACGGUUUUGUUUGACCCCGUUCGAGUUCCUUUCAAUAGCAGAAGCUACCAGCGAUCUUCCCGAUAUUGGCGAUGGACAUGUACAGACUUGCAUUCCAUUCCCGGAUCAUCGACAUUCGCGAAUAGAGAAUUUAGAGAUGAGAGCAUUAAUGUCACAGAUUCCAAGGGCUCCUCGAGGUCAGGGCAGAGCUCUCGCUAUACAAGCGGGACGUAUCAGCAGGGUUCUGGAAGACAUGGCUACUCGCCAAAGCCGUGAUUAUUACGAUGAUGAUUCACUGGUUGAUUCUACAGACACGGACAGAAAAAGAAAGAUCAGGCGGAACAAAAAUUCUAAGCCUGGAGGAGUAAUUUCCAGGGCUUAUACGCGUAUUUUUCCGGCAGGAUUAAUUCCCACAGUGACUACAACGAUUACGCCGAGAUGUAAGUUUAUGGGAAGAUGGGUCCACUGGGACCAGCACCGAACCAUGACGAUCAUGGAAGCACGCCGGGCACAGGGAUUUCCAGAUCAUGAAGUGCUAGUCGGUUCGCCCGCUGACCAGUGGAAGAUUGUGGGGAACAGCGUAGCUCGGCCGGUGGCUUUGGCAUUCGGUCUGGCUCUCAGAGAGGCGUGGCUAGCUGGGAUGGAUGAUCAACCAGGCUCGGAGGAACCUGACAGUGGAGUUGUCGUCGAAGUGAGCGAGAAGAGCGUCCAGGAAGACCCAAGUCCUCAGAACAUUGCUGCCCCGGUCACGGAGGAUAUUCUAGUCGAUUCCUCUUCCUCGAGUCCUCCCCAGGUUGUGAUUAUAUCCGAUAAUGAAUCCGACGAGAGCGAUGAUCCUAUUGUGGCCGAUGAGUUGGCUGGACGCGGAAAUCAAUACCAGAAUCCGAAGCUUACUGCGCAGCGCUGGCGAGGUGGGAGCGAGAAUCAUGCCAAGCAUUUUACCCCUGGUUCAUAUCCUGCAUCAGCUAUCCAAAUCUCUUCUGCGCCGCCUUUCUCUAUCAAACGGCGAAGACUCUUCAAUGUCGCUACGUUCAACGCGUCAAAUGGAAUCAUUCGCUCCUCGCCUCUCAACCCACGGGCACCGUCUAGAAAUAUGUGA